GCCCCCUUUCGCGCUCGCGUUGCAUUCUGGGAAACCAAGUUUAUUAUCGUAUAGGAAAGAUGGCAGACGUGCAGCCGCCACCCCUCCGGAGCCUGGAUGAUUUUCUCCUGAGUUCGGCCCGGUUCGCGCUGCCCGACGUGCGCGACCUGGACCGCUGGAACAACCGCAUCAUCAACAACCUGCUGUACUACCAGAGCAACUAUCUGCUGUCCGCACUCUGCCUCCUGCUCAUGGUGGGGUACUUCGAGCCCUUCCAGCUGUUUGUCGGGGCGACGGUGGUCACCUUGUUGUUCCUGGGCUUUGUCUGGGCUGCCGAGAACCAAGCUCCCAUUCGUCGUUUCCGUAGAAACCACCCAUCAGUCGCUGUGUUGGCCAUUCUUUUGGCCAGUUAUCUCUUCAUAUCGGUGCUGGGAGGCGUGGCCGUGUUCCUGUUUGGGAUAGCCUUCCCUAUACUGAUGGUUCUCAUCCAUGCGUCGGUGAGGUUGCGCAGCCUGAAGAACAAGCUGGAGAACAGACUGGAGAGUAUUGGUCUGAAGAGGACACCCAUGGGGCUCCUGUUAGAGGCUCUGGGGCAGGAACAGGAGGCUGGAUCCUAGAAAGAAAGAAGAGGAGGAGGAUGAAGAAGUGUGCAGAGGUGGGGGGUUAGUUUGGGUACCAUCUGAGGGAAAUGGUAAGAGAAAUGGAUGUGAAGUGGGUUAGAAAUGAAAAGGAAGAACAGAGGAAAGAAUUACUGCAAGGCAAGAAUAAAAAUCAAAAUGAAGUAAAGCGAAAGAGCCGGAACAAAAGUGGUUUAGUUUGUACAACAGAACAAAUCAGAGAGCCAUGCUGUGGUUCAGUAGGAAAAGGACAGAUUUAAACUCGUCAUGACAAACAACUGAUCCAAUCAUAGUUGACCUGUUUUUGCCAAACCUUUAUGCACUUUAAGCUCAAAGCUUGUUUUAUUUCUUUUAUUUUGAUAUGAUAUAUUUCUUUCUUUGCACUACAUACUUUAAGUAUGCUGUGCUCUAGCCAUAUUCACACUGAGCUUUGAUAUGAUAAAGUGAAAAGUUCUGCACCACAGUCUAUUUAUUAUAUAUAUAUA